AUGGAUGAACAAGGACGAGACUGCGCCACGGACUUGCGAAUAAUUGACAAUAAGGGUGGACGCUAUCAAGUCAGCUAUUCUCCCAGAAAUAUAGGAAGAUGUAAAUUGACAACAAAGGUAAACGGGGAACAUGUCCGGGGCAGUCAAUUUUUUGUCCUCGUAAAACCAUUUCAGUUUCGACCUGUUUUAUCUUUUGGAGAAGAAGGUUCGUCUCUUGGAAAGUUUAAAAAGCCUUGGGGGGUUGCAGUGAAUGCCAGGGAUGAAUUCGCUGUAACUGAUUACGAGAAUUACAGAGUUCAAAUUUUCAGUAGUGAAGGAAAGUUUUUAAGAUCAUUUGGUAAAAAGGGUCACAAAGCUGGAGAACUGGACCAUCCUCGGGGAAUAGCAUUUCAUAAUAAUAGCAAUAUUUGCGUUGUAGAGGGUUCUAAUCAUAGAAUCCAAAUUUUCAGCGAGGAGGGUGAUUACGUGGGAAGCUUUGAUGGGAAAGGAAACCUUGAUAGUCAGCUUAAUAAUUCCUGUGGUUUAUCUGUAGACAGUGAUGGGAACAUCAUCGUUGCUGAUGCGUAUAACAAACCGAUUAAGAUCUUUGCUCCUGAUGGAAAAUUUCAAAGGAAAAUAGGGGGACAGGGCACUUUUACGUUUCCUUUCAACUGUAUUCAGUGUGAUAAAUCUUUCAUAGUGUCUAACAGUAAUGAAUAUUGUAUCAAAGAUUUUGACAGGAAUGGAAACUUUCAGUACAAGUUUGGAAAGCGGGGAGCAGGGGACAGGGAGUUUGAGAGCCCAAGAUGUUUGUUAGUGAACAAUUCAGGACAACUUUUGGUUUGUGAGUCUUUAAAUCAUAGAAUACAAGUAUUUGAACUGAAUGGAAAGUUUGUAGGUAAGUUUGGAACACGAGGUUUAAAUUUAUGA